UCGAAGAAACGGUUUUUUUUUUUUUCCUCUCUUUAAGAAACGACUCUCUCUCUCUCUUUCUCUGUCUCUCCUCCCCAUCAUGACUACGACAAUUGCGUCCUCGUCUAGGGCAAGAUCGGACAAUCUGGCGCUUUACAGGACUCGCAGCUCAUCGCAGUCGUUGUCUUCGGGAUUCGCGUCGUCCACGGCCUUCCUCACUCGGUCCUCCUCUCCCACUCGCGUCACCAUGUACGGAGGCUCUUCGUCCCCGUCCUCCCGGUCGGUGCGGUUCGCGGUCGACCGGACGAUCUCUCCCGGACGGCGUUCGAUGUCGGUUACGAAGCAGCGCAACGGCGGCGCCGGGAACGGAAACGGUAACGGCACGGUUUCCAAGCAGAGGAAGACGUGCAUGUGUUCCCCUACGACGCACCCAGGCUCGUUCCGGUGUUCUCUCCACAAGAGCUCUCCGCGUGGCGGUGGCCUGCAAACGUCGUCGCUUAAUUCCAAUAGCCGCAGGCUGAACUUGAUGAGAUCGGCGAUGGUUAACUCGCUGAUCAGGAUCGGAGUUGUUGAAGGCGACUUGAUGAAAAGAUCGUUGUCGGCUCUUAUCAGACCGUCGUCGCACCAGCAGCGGCGCCGAGCCGCUUUUCAGCCGAGGCCAAGCCGACUUUCCGUGAUGUCCAGAGCCGAAGAUCCUUGAAUUUUUUUUGAAUCUUGGUAGGCUAUUUUUUGGAGAUGUGUAGGGUACUAGGAUUUAAUUCAGUAGUUUGGACAUAUUAGGCUAUUCCACUAGCAUUGAUGUAGGAGCCCUGCUGUUUUCUGAUUGAUUUUUUUUGGUUUCUUAAAAACAGAAAAGGAGCUUAUGUAGACUCUGGUAUUUUUGU